UAUACAUAUGUAUGUAGCUAUGUACGCUUAAAAUAUUUCAUAAAAAUUCAGUGCGAUUACUCGGGCCUAAUUAUUAUCUAUAAUACUUGAUGAAAUUUGCAUUACAGAACUAAAUUUUGAAAUGUUGUUAAACUUUGGGUUGAAAAUGUUGCUGCAGGCUAUUGUUAUUUUGCUUGUUGUAACUACAAAAGCAGAAUCAUUUGAACGCUGCGUUAACAAAGGGGAAAUCGCGCCCUACAAGCCGAAUGAUUUCAACAUAGGAUUACAAGUAACUGAUCGGGCCACUCAUCAGGUGAUGACGCGUAUUUUCUACAUAUUUUUAAAAUAUGUGCUGAACCACAAAGAAGUCGAAAUUGUUUCGCUCAGUUUAUUAAAUAUUUCAAGUCAUUUAAGUCCUUGGCAGACUUUGGAUUCUGUAAGGCGUUAUGAAGCCUAUCAUAGCAAAAAUAUGAUAAAUUUAGAAGUUUGGAUGCCCUACACAACCUUUAAAGAUAAACCAGAAAACAUUUCAGAUGCUGGAGCUUCUAUAACUCCUGGUAGGUUUAGUUGGUUUGUUCCAAGGUCACAGAUUCCGCCAAAUACAAAUAUUUCGUACAGUUUGCAUUUUGAAGUAUUCCAAAAUGUUAGUCAUGAACAUUAUAAUCUUUAUAUAUUGGAAGAAGAUAUUAUAUUGGAACUAAAUGCUGAUAAAAGCUUUGAACAAUUUAAAAAUCCCAUCUGUGCUAAAUAUAUUUGUGCUACAGUUCUGGCAGAAUAUCGAAAAGAUUCUGUAUUUAUAGAAGAACAACUGAAUGAAACUAAAAGUUUUGUCAAUGUUAUUUGGCUGGGCUACAAAUUUAAAGAAACCAUAAAACGGUUAACUCAACUAUAUAAAGUAAAGUACCCUUUGUAUAAUAAAAGAUUCAUUGUUUUACAUUGGGUACCAUCCGAACUAAUUAAUCCUAGCGUUGAAUUUGCAAAAAUUACAAUGCCACUAUGUGAAGAUUAUAAUUCUUUGGAGAGUGCGAACUGUAAAUAUGAGUUAACACCCAUUUUAAAAUUUUAUUCCAACAGUCUUAACUAUGAUAAACAGCUUAUUCAUGCUCUGCGUAUGUUUUAUAUAUCUGACCAAGAUCUAACAGAAAUACAGCAAGGACUUAAUUUUCAACCAAAAAUAAAGAGAACUAAAGAAGACUUGUAUAACGAAGUUGCAUGUAAUUGGUUAAUAAAACAUAAAGAUGUGUACCGCAAUUGGAUAAUAAACGACUUUGUAACAUUAUAUGUAGGUGGUAUAUUUCCAUUGAAUGUUACAAGUCAAAGAUACAAAAACAUUGAAAAAGCUGCGCAAAUGGCAAUUACUGCUAUAAACAAUAAUCUUACUAUACUGCCAGGAUAUAAGUUAGGUAUUUGGAUAAACGAUGGAGCAUGCAAGUCCGAUAUGGUAUUAAAAGAAUUUAUACACUAUUACAAUCAACCAAAUGUUCUGGGUGUUCUUGGACCUGCUUGUAGUGAGACUGUCCAACCAAUAGCUGCGAUUUCCAAACAUAUGAAUAUGAUGGUUAUAUCUUAUUCAGCAGAGAGUGCUGCCAUAUUUGAUCGAGAAGCUUAUCCCUACUUUUUCCGUACAAUUGGUACUGAUUGGUUGUUUAUUGAUGCAUAUCUGGAAAUUAUGAAAGUUUUUGGCUGGAAUCGUGUUGCUGCUUUAACGGUAGAGGAUCACACAACUAUGGAAUAUACCUUUUAUAUGGAAAGUAAAAUGAAAAAUCAUAAUCUAACUUUGAUUUUAGAUCGAAAAUGUAACACUGUCGCAACAGCUAUCGAAAUGAGAGAGCACUUGCAUAAGUUAAAGAAAGCACAAGCUAGAAUAAUAUUUGCAAAUAUUUAUGGUCAUAACGCUGCCAUGGCAAUAUGCGAAGCUGCAAAAUUAAAAAUGACUCAAAAACACGAUUAUGUUUGGUUUUUCCCUUCAUGGGUGUUGAGUGACUUGACCACUUGGAGAGGAUCCGUUAAUAUUAGCUGUACUGCUUCAGAGUUUCACAAUGCUAUCGACGGUCAUUUUAGUGUAAGGCAUGUUCCGUUCGGCGACCGUAAAAGUCAGAUGCAAGAUGGCCAAUUCAUUGGAACCUGGAUUGACACGUAUAAAUCAAAUGACGGAUUCGUUUCAAAUUACGCUGGAUAUACAUAUGACGCUGUAUGGACCUAUGCCCUCGCUGCCCACAAACUUUUACAAAAAAACAAGCAAGCUGUUAAUAGUUUACGAACUAGUUAUGUUACUAAGCUCUUUGCCCAGCUUAUUCGGGAAACUGAAUUCGAGGGUUUAUCUGGAAAAGUCAGCUUUAGCCAUGGCGAGUUUGCUGGCACCCGAAUCAUCGGCAUAGACAUUUUACAGUGGCAGAAUAAGAACUACUCUGUUGUUGGCAGUUUCAAACCUAGAGCAGAAAGUAAAGAAACAGAUAUUUACGUUCAUAACUGGCUAUUAACUGUAAAUCACUCUAAAAUAUUUUGGAGUAAUAACCAUAUUCCUGAGGACGGGACGUAUGACUGCAAUUUUUCGUUUUUGGCACGUGCUUUUCAAAUUCAGUGCGAAACAUCUGCUGCGAUAGUUGCUAUAAGUACAUGUUUCUUUUUUAUUUCUCUCAUAUCUUUACUUUCAUUCCUUUUUUGGAAACAUCGAUACAAUCGAAAAGUACAGUAUUCUGCUCAGAUAAUGAAAAUGUUCGGCAUUGACCUGCUGUCGCCGUCGCGCAGCAAACAUAAUACAUUAGACAAGUGGGAAAUAGCAAAGGAGAAUGUAGUAAUUAAUCGACGAUUGGGUGAAGGAGCAUUUGGUAUGGUUUAUGGCGGAGAAGCUCAGCUGUCGCCAGGAGCAUGGACAGCAGUUGCUGUACAAACACUGAAGUCCGGUCAAACCGAAAAGCGUUUAGAUUUUUUGUCAGUGGCGGAAGCGAUGAAAAAAUUCAACCAUAAGAAGAUCAUAAAAUUCUUGGCCGUCUGUGUGCAGACUGCAUCGGGCCUUCAGCGUCGAAUCACCAGUCCGGCUCCGAUCGGAACUGCAGAUCAGGAGGGUGGCAUCUUUUUAGGCGCCUGGAGUGCGUGCUGUUGUCAAGCAGGUUAA